AUGGGAAAGAUCACGCAAAAGGAAGCAGAGAUGGUUGAUCGUCUCCGUUCCGCCCAGGAAGAGCGCGACGAACUUCAAAGAGCACAUGAGCAAGCAGUCGCUAAUCAGAACCAGGUUAUAAGGGAGUCUCGCAAGGUAGCAGGCAGAAUGCGUGACCUACAAGAAGAGUUGCAUCGGGCUGAAAUCACGACUAAAAAUGCUGUGAUGAGAUUCGGCGAAAAUAUACCCAGCAUUUUGGAGGUCAUGAAUGCAAACUCCCACAAGUUUGAGCAUCUACCAAGAGGUCCCAUAGGAAUGUAUAUGAAAUUACGUGAUCGAAAGUGGACGUUUGCGGUUGAAGAAGCUACGCGCCGUUUGUUGACUUCUUUUGUGUUUCACUCUAAACGUGACCAUCAGACUUUCGAAAGGUUAAUGAGAGCAAACCGGAUACCUGGAGCCUUGCCAAAUGCUAUUUUCACCAAGUUCACAACGCCUCCACAUGAUGUGAGGAAGAAUGAACCGUCAUCUGAUUGGGACACCAUUCUCAGAGUUGUCGAAAUAAGCGAUAAUGUUGUUAGGAACGUUCUGAUUGAUAUGGCCUCUAUAGAAGCUACAGUACUCUUGCAUUCCGACCAGGAUGCUAGAAGAAUCAUGGAUGGCAACGUGGGCUUUUGUGUUCAUUUU